AUGAUAGGAUGUAGCGGUGAUCCCGUGAGGCGUUGCAACGGGGCGAUGACAGGAUGCAUCAACGAUCAUCGAGAUCAGGAUUAUCUGAAGUUAGUAAGAGAUGCCAUCGAAUUUCCUUCAAGAGAGUUUUAUGAUUAUAUAGUAGUUGGCGGAGGGACAGUUGGUUGUCCUCUCGCCACCACUCUUUCAACAAGCCAUUCUGUUCUACUCUUAGAAAGGGGUAGUUCGCCUCGUGAAAGGCCAGAAGUCUUACUCCAGGCAAAUCUCAUCAAUAAUAUUUUAGAAGCAGAUGAUAAAGACUCACCUGCCCAAGCUUUCACUUCUGAAGAUGGUGUUCAAAAUGUAAGAGGAAGAAUCCUAGGUGGGGGAACUAUGAUAAACUUUGGUUUUUACUCAAGAGCUGACCCGUACUUCUACACAAAUUCUGGCAUCGAAUGGGACAUGAAGCUUGUCAACGAGUCCUAUAAAUGGGUUGAAGAGACAAUUGUCUCCAAACCCAUUGUUGGAACAUGGUCAUCUUCAGUGAAAGAAGCGCUUCUACAAGCAGGUAAUGGCCCAGAUAAUGGAUUUACGUUUGAUCACAUUAUCGGAACCAAGAUCGGAGGAUCAACCUUCGAUGGGAAUGGGCGGCGACAUGGUGCAGUUGAGCUUCUCAACAAAGCUCUAUCAAACAAUAUUCAAUUGGCGAUUCGCGCCACCUCGCCAGGAACCAAUCCUCAAGCUACUCUCAUGAUGCUUGGCCGCUAUGUUGGCCUCAGGAUUCUGGAAGAGAGAGAGUCUUCAUAAGUGGGCAUGCAUGCAGAAGUAGGAAUUAAAUUAUGUCUCCUUCACUUCACU